AUUCAGCAAACCAAAUUAAGUCUCAAGUCACAUGGCGAUGGAGGCUUCCUACUGUUAUUAUUAUGCCAUCAAAGCAACCCACUUCCGGCCAUCUCUUCCCACACCCAAAUCCAGAUUUUCUUCAAAACCCAUUGAGACUCAGAAGCUAUGCUCGGGGCUGCAGCGGAACCAGCGGCCAUUCCUGGCGGCGGUAGAGUGCUCCAAAGGGGGGGCGGCGGCGGCGGUGGAGAUGGAGAAGAAGUUGGAAGAAGAGAUGGGUAUGUUAGGUGGUGGCCUGUGGAUAGACAAGUGCAAGGGAGGGGGAGAGGAAAAGGGUAUAGUGGAGCUGAUGGAAUGCUUGGAGAGAGAAGCCAUUAUGGGGGAAGAUGAAGGUAAAGAGCCUACAGAUUAUAAUAGAAGAGCUCACAUCUUCGACCACAGUUCCAGAGUUUUCCAGAAUCUCAAGGAAAGCAACACCAACCCUCCUCACCAAUCUUGAUUUGUAUCCAUCUAUCUCUCCAUAUGUAAAGAGAUUUGGGUUGCUCAGUAUGUGAGAUGGGUCACAGAGAUGGGCAAGAACAGGUCGGUUUCUUCAUCGCUUCCCAGGAAAGGAAACCAGCAAAAUAGCAAGAAAUGAAAGCUAGUUCAAAUAUGCAUCGUCUUUAAUUUAUUUUUAUUUUUUUAAUAGGUCAUUGUCUUCUUUGGCUGUCUUUUCUAGUUUUAUGUGGUGUGUUAGGAUCUCUCCCCUCUAGUGAAGGAAGGUUUGGGGAACCUUCCGAACGGGCACUCUUUGCGCUACCUUACGGCGGGCAGUCAGAAGCGGUGUCCGAGCCCGGGCCCGGAGAGGCGGAUAGGGAAGUGAUGUGCCCUCCAGUCUCGAUAUCUAAAAUUCUACACAUUCUCUAACUUUCUCUUACUGGAGAUAUGUUUCUGUACCUUAUUACAGUUCUCAGUUCUCCGCUUAUGCACGGAUUAAUUUUCUUCU